AUGCUACCACUUAGACGAUAUACUUCAGCCAUACAUAAGCCUCUACCCAUAGCUUCCAAAACAUUCACUCGUUCUCUUCAUCUCGCUCCCCCGUUCCUCCUUGACGACUAUGUUCCCCGUUACAUGACCCUCAGCUCUCGCGAUGCCGCCAAGAAGCGAUCGUUGGCAUACGCUCACCUCCGAAACUGUAACUUAUGCCCCAGAGAAUGUGGCGUAAACCGGUUUGAAAAGACUGGGAUGUGCCUCAUCGGAGAUAAGGCAAAGGUCAAUACAAUUGCUCCCCACUUUGGGGAAGAACCUUGCAUCCAGGGGCACAAUGGUAGUGGCUCCGUGUUUAUGAGUGGGUGCAACAUGAGAUGCAUCUUUUGCCAGAACUACGGCAUAUCCCAUCAACGCAACGGUAUGGACCUAUCACCUGAGGAACUUGGUGACUGGUACAUCAAGUUGCAGGAGGUUGGUAACGUUCACAAUAUCAACAUUGUUACACCAGAGCACGUUGUGCCACAGGUGGCGUUGAGUAUCCUCCAUGCCAAGGAUCAUGGCCUAACCGUGCCCGUCGUUUACAACACCUCGAGCUUUGACUCUCUCGCAUCCCUCCAGUUGAUGGAUGGAUUGGUUGAUAUCUACCUGGCUGACUUUAAGGUGUGGAAACCAAGCACCUCUAGAAGGCUACUGAAGGCGGACGAUUAUGCCGCCACAGCGAAAGAGAGCAUCAAGGCCAUGCACGAUCAAGUCGGUGACCUGUGCUUUACAGGAGAUGGCAUUGCUAAGAAAGGUCUCUUGAUCCGCCAUCUUGUUAUGCCAGGCAAGGAGGACGAAGGAGCUGAGAUUAUGAAGUUCCUGGCGAAUGAAGUUUCCACGGAUUGCUUCGUCAACAUCAUGGAGCAGUACCAUCCAGAUGCACAUGUUGGAAAGCCAAAGAGAGCAAAGACCGACGCCCAAGAACAAAAUCAGCAAGCACGAUAUGCGGAGAUCAAUCGAGCCGUCAGCAGUCGAGAGAUAUCUUUCAUCCGACAAGCCGCAGAGGACGCUGGACUCUGGCGGUUCAACGACCCACCUGGGCAUGAUGGCUUUGCUAUCUGA